CAGGCACCAUGUCUGGCAGCAAAGGUGGCAAGAAGAAGGCCCUGAAACAGCCCAAGAAGCAGGCCAAGGAGAAGGACGAGGAAGAUAAGGCUUUCAAGCAGAAACAAAAAGAGGAGCAGAAGAAACUCGAGGAGCUAAACAUGAAGGCCAUGGGGAAGUGGCCCCUGGCCACAGGUGGAAUUAAGAAAUUUGCCAAAAAGUGA